AUGAGCAAUCAGGGCAACUUGGGUAAGUGCCGUGAGCUUCGCACUGCCAGGAAGCUUCGCAGCCACCGAUGGGAUCAGAAAUGGCACGACAAGCAAUACAAGAAGGCCCACUUGGGUACUGCCCUGAAAGCCAACCCCUUCGGAGGAGCUUCCCAUGCGAAGGGAAUUGUCCUGGAAAAAGUUGGUGUAGAGGCUAAACAGCCCAAUUCUGCCAUCAGGAAAUGUGUCAGAGUUCAGCUGAUCAAGAACGGCAAGAAAAUAACAGCCUUUGUUCCUAAUGACGGUUGCUUGAACUUCAUUGAGGAAAAUGAUGAAGUUCUAGUUGCUGGCUUUGGUCGGAAAGGUUACGCUGUUGGUGACAUUCCUGGUGUCCGCUUCAAGGUUGUCAAAGUAGCCAAUGUUUCUCUCUUAGCCUUGUACAAAGGCAAGAAAGAGAGACCACGAUCAUAAAUUCCUGUCAUGCCAUCUAGGCUACUAAUAAACUUCAGUUUGAU